AAUAGAAUAUUGGUUAUGACACUUGCCUAAUUUUGAAUAGGCACCCUAUACGAUUUCGAUAGACGAUCAAUGACGAAAGCAGGCAAAAUCACCUAUCUACACAGAGCGGAGCGAAAGUGUAUGCGUCGUGUAACCGCCUCUUUCCUCUUGUUCUGCAGUGUGCUAUGUGAUUCAAAAGGUUUCUGAAAACAAUCGUACAGGUGUGCGUGAGUGGCGUAUGUGUGCGUAUAUUCUGUGUGAGUGACAGAACGAUUUUGACAACGCAAAAGAACAAAAACAGGCCUCGUCGAAUUUCACCAAACAUACCGCGCCAUUAUUGUGUUUUGCGAUUCGCAUUUUCCUCUCCUGUGUUUGGAUUUUUCUUCUCUCGGAAAAUUGAUUCGCAUUUAUUUGCUGCAGUGAUUUGGAGCCGUAGUUAGUGCAUUGAGCGCUUUCACUAAGAGCAUUGAUUUGUUAUCUAGGAUAAUAUUCACGUUGAUUGAGUGCGCGAUAGAAGUGGAAAAUCAACUCGUUUUUUUGUCUGGUGGCAGAGGGCCAACUUGCGGAUUCCGGCGGACUGUUCGUACUUUAGAAGCUGUCGGGCCGAGGUAAUGAAAGGAAAUUACCGCACGGUUCCGGAGCAGGCUAGCAACGAGUGCAAGAUAGAAAAAAGUGAAAUUUCGUGUUCUUUCUGAUAGAUAGUUACGAACAACGGUGAAGAAAGAGUUACUGAUUGAUCGAUAGUAGUAGAAAGGCAGAAAUAAUUAUUGAUCCUGCGGAAGCAUCAACACCAAAAUACAAACACAACAAGCGACACCAAAAUGGCUGGUGUUUUUGAUUUGGAGCUGCACGAAGAGGAAAAUAUUCGUGACUCGGACGACGACGUGAUUGAGGUCGAUGAUGUCGAUCUGGAACCGGAGCUACACAUUCACAGUGACCUAGAUGCGGAAGGUUCGGAAACCAUCCCACUCUCGGAGGACAUUGUCAACCCGGGCCGGAUAAAGCUUGGUCCGCAAGACUUCGAGCUAAAGAAAGUGCUUGGAAAGGGUGGCUACGGAAAAGUCUUCCAAGUUAGAAAAACUACCGGUGCCGACGCAAACUCCUACUUCGCAAUGAAGGUGCUGAAAAAGGCUUCGAUAGUUAGGAAUCAAAAAGACACAGCUCAUACACGUGCCGAGCGAAACAUAUUGGAAGCAGUGCGGCAUCCAUUUAUAGUUGAAUUAGUUUAUGCCUUCCAGACAGGUGGAAAAUUGUAUUUAAUCCUAGAAUAUCUUAGCGGCGGUGAGCUGUUUAUGCAUUUAGAACGUGAAGGAAUCUUCCUGGAGGAUACCACUUGCUUUUACCUGUGUGAAAUCAUUCUAGCACUAGAGCAUUUGCACAAUCUUGGUAUAAUCUAUCGGGAUCUGAAACCGGAAAACGUACUACUGGACGCCCAGGGUCACGUCAAACUGACUGAUUUCGGCCUAUGCAAAGAACACAUCCAAGAGGGAAUUGUGACGCACACUUUUUGCGGUACUAUUGAAUAUAUGGCUCCAGAAAUCCUAACGAGAAGUGGCCAUGGUAAAGCUGUCGACUGGUGGUCACUGGGUGCUUUAAUGUUCGAUAUGUUAACAGGAAUGCCUCCUUUCACGGCAGACAACCGCAAAAACACCAUAGACGCUAUUCUAAAGGGCAAACUUAACAUCCCCGCAUAUCUUGCGACCGACUCACGCGAUCUCAUUCGUCGGCUCAUGAAACGACAAGUGUCACAGCGGCUAGGCAGUGGCCCCACAGACGGACAAGCGGUUCGAGCACAUCCCUUCUUUAAAAAUGUGAAUUGGGAUGAUGUGUUGGCUAGGCGAUUAGAUCCACCAAUCAAGCCUGUAUUGCGAAGCGAGGAUGAUGUUUCACAGUUCGACACCAAAUUUACCAAACAAAUACCGGUAGACUCACCAGACGAUACAACGUUAAGUGAAAGUGCCAAUUUAAUCUUUCAAGGAUUCACCUACGUCGCACCUUCGGUGCUGGAGGAGAUGCAACAGCCUCGUGUGGUGACAGCACGUUCCCCGCGGCGAACACCCCGUCAACACCACGGCCAUCAUCAUCAUCACCACCUGAGUAGUCACAGUAGUCAUCAUAAUAUGCACGCGACCAACAGCAGGCUGGUGGAAAACGGUGCAAUUACCCUAGCGGACGAGCAAAUGCUUAGUAUGCCCCGGUCGCAAUCCAUCGCCGGACACAGCAGCAAUCAUCAGUCGGUGCCGCAUCAUCUGGUGUUCCAGACGCAGCACCCUCAGCCUCCACAACCUCAUCAGCUUCCACCUCAGCAAAUGCAAUCGCAGGCGACGGCGAGGAGUACGCAAUUUUUGACCGGUCCCAUCAGUCAUCCGGCCAACACUCGACACACACCGGCACAUUUGCAACCGUUCGCGCCACGGCCUUCACCUCAAGACGAAAUGAUGGAGGUGUACCCGGAGCUGCCGAUUUCAUAGCCUAGGAUGGAAUACAACAAAUUUAGAAGAUUUAUAAUCUAACGAAAUACCAGUAGUUUAAUUUUUUUUUUCCAAAUGAUGCAAACAGCUAUUGCAAUUAACAUCUUUUUUUCACGUCAACCAUCAAAGGCCCACACACAACCUCUGCACACUAUAGAAAGUCCGAUUCUGAGGCGUUUUGGCGCACGAGGUUGACGAAAGUUGUUAUAUAGAGAGGCGCUGAUUAUUAUGAAAAUGGUAGCGGGAAUAUGUGAAUAGGCGAUAUUUUACGUGAUUGACCAUUAUUGAAAGCGAAACACACACACAAAAAUAACUAAGAAUAGAAGGAAGAUAAAGUAAUUGCAAGCAUAGCACUAAGCUAAUAGUUGGAGAUCAGAACGCAGCAGGUUUGUCGUAAAUUUAAUAUGAAAUGAAUACAUUAUGAUCGUGCACGUGUGUGUAUCACUACCGGAAGCUACACUGUAGUAAUGAGCGAAUAAAGAAAGUUGUUAAAAUUUCAAGAUCGGAAAGCGAUCGUCAUUUUGGAAGUACUCCGAAAGAAAGUAAACGAGGAAAUUGAGGUGUGUCUACUAAACUGUAUUACCACUUGACAAUUCAAGGAAUAUGAUUUAUGUCCAGUCUGAUAAUCAACUCUGCUAUAGAAUAAUGAAUAUAAAAAACAAAGUGAAUGAAAUUGUUGAAAAAAACCUUUUACGAGUGUGUGGAUUUAUAGCGUUACCGAAAAAAGCAGAGAUCAAGUUUCAAUAUAAUUCUGAAUGAAAAAAAUAUACCUAACAUGAAACAGAACGACACUGUCAAGUAAAACAUUCAUUUUCUGUGUUUAUUUUUCUAUCAAUUGUUUUAGUAGUCUAUAAAUUUAAGCGACGUUCCGCCGUUCGUUCCUGUAUGGGUGGAGAUGAAUACUACAUCUAGAAAACUUAAGUUCCUCAAAACAGACGCGCACCGCCCGUCGGUGAAUAGCAGCGCAGAGCAGAACGUUGGCUAAUCUAAAUAAUAUACCAACUAUGAUAAAAUUUAGCAUAAAACUGAACAGAAAGCAGUUUGAUGAAACACUCGUCAACAUCUAACACAACACGAAAACAAAUUACUUAGGAAAGGCAAAAAACUCACCUAUUAAAAACGGCACGAUUGAGAUUUUGUUUUGUUUAGAACCAAUACAACCGAGAUAGCAAGUGUGUGAACCGAUAUAGGAGAAGGGUUUAUUUUUGUUAAUAUAAACACCAACCCAACAGCAGCAGCGGUAACAGAGGAGCACCAGGAGAGGAUGGAGUCAUGAUCCAGGCAAGAGUAAGACGUAAAGGAAUGCCACGCAUAAGCAAACCAGUUGAAUUGAGAUCAACGUAAAUGAGAGAGUUUGUAUAGUUAGAUGUCCUAGCAAUGUAACCUUCUUUAGCCAAAUAUCCCUCCAAAAAGCAAAAGUAAUAGUAAUUUUAAACACUUUAGCUCGAUGAUGAAAUGAUUGGAAAGGGUGUAUUAUUCUAAACAAACGAACAGAAUAAACGCAAACAAGAGUGGGAAAUGACCAAUAGUUUAAAUUUUCAAUAGACCUUACCGAUCACAUGUACACUGCAAAAUCAAUUACAACUAAUAUAAUUUUAAUGUAACCCUUAACCAAUAGACAAAUGUAACGAGGUCUUAUUUUUUAAAGAUUUUGUUGUGCUAAAGUUAGAUAAAUUAAAACAAAUCUGAUGAACCAUAGUAAAACUCAAUAGCAGAAAAGAAAAAAAUGCAAUAGUCUGGAUCAAUGUGAACAAACUAAUUUGACUGAUUUUAAGGUAACUCUCAACCUUUAGGCUGUAAGUAAAACCACAAAAGCGAUGUACCGUGCGCAACCGAUGCUCACGGUGCCUUUGUUUGUACAAUAAUAGAUCAGAUUUAUAGGAAAGAAAAACUUUAUAUAGGGAAAAUGGUACCAACCAACCAACCUUUACCUUAAUUUAUACCAUCUUUAUUUUACAACCACUGAACGCUCUUUACUUGCUCAACCCUUCAUAUACACAGAUCAACGAUUAUGGCAGGCGGAAUCUUUUCCAAUACUCUGCAAUCAUGGCUUGCGGAUAGGCACCGGUCACUGCUUCACUGAAGAAUAGUCUCCCUGAAAGCUCAACCACGUACUGGACUAAGCACCUAAUGCAAGCGUUGUCUCGUUUCCGAUAGACUAUUUUACUGCCAUUUAUUUCGCUGCUCUGACUCCGGUAGCUAGAAUUUUUAAAAAAAUAUAUUUAUCAGAAGCAAAAUUUGGUAACAAAAUGAAUGAAGUACGUAUUCUUGCGUCGUUGCCGAUUUUAACUGGAUUGAUUUACGGAAAUAAUCAAUAAUCAAAUAAGCAGGAUAACGAGAAAGUUGAACCAAACUAUGAUUACAUAGACAGGUGAAGAUAGCUAGUUAAAACAGUAAACGAUGAAUGAAAAAUGAACAACUAGAGGAGGAUUAUGGCCUUUUUGUUUCUGAUAUAGUUUACCAAUUUUUAAAUUAUCUGAAAUUACCUACUUAUGUACGUAGACACAAAGGAAAAAAAUAAAGUCUAGGUUUUAGUGCAAACUAAUCAAAUUGAUGAAACAAAUGAAAUGAGAAAGAGCGAGUGAAAAGAUGAGAAAAGAUCAUAUAAAGCGCUUGAAGAUUUGAAAAUUGA